AUGGCCGCUCAAGCUGCCGUCCCCCCGCUCACCAAGAGCAAGCCAGAGGGCGUCGACCUCUAUGCUCGUUUCGCUCUUGCCGGCGCAUUGGGCUGCUCCGUCACCCACGGCGCCUUCACGCCGGUCGACGUCGUCAAGACCAGGAUCCAGCUUGACCCAGCAACCUACAACCGCGGCAUGAUCGCCGGCUUCCGCAAGGUCAUCCAAAGCGAGGGCGUCAGCGCUCUCGCAACAGGCUUCGGCCCGACAUUCGCAGGCUACUUCAUGCAAGGCGCCUUCAAAUUCGGAGGAUACGAGUUCUUCCAGAAGAAGAUUAGUGAGAGCCUUGGCGGAGAGACGGCCAGAAACAACCGCACCGCGGUGUACAUGGUCUCUGCGGGUUCGGCGGAGUUCUUCGCGUCGAUUGCCCUGUGUCCCCUGGAGGCAACCCGGAUUCGCCUCGUCUCGACGCCUGGGUUCGCGAAUGGCCUUGUUGGUGGGUUUGGGAAAAUUCUGAAGAAUGAGGGGAUUGGGGCGUUUUAUUCUGGUUUUGGGCCUAUUCUUUUCAAGCAAAUCCCCUACACAAUCACCAAAUUCGUCGCCUUCGAAAAAGUCUCCGAAGCAAUCCUAAGCCAAUUCGACAAGUCCCAGAUGUCCGCUGGCGCCUCAACAGCCGUGAACCUGGGAUCCGGUCUGCUCGGCGGUUUCGCCGCCGCCAUCGUGUCCCAGCCCGCCGAUACCAUGCUGUCCAAUAUCAACAAGACCAAGGGUCUACCCGGCGAGAGCACCGUCUCUCGACUGGUCAAGAUCGGUAAGGAGCUUGGCGUGCGUGGAUCUUUCGCUGGUCUCCCGACCCGUUUGUUCAUGGUUGGUGGCCUCACUGCGGGCCAGUUUGCCAUUUAUGGCGAUAUUAAGAAGCUUCUUGGUGCUACCCAAUAG